CCACAGAGAUCUCACCACCACCACCACCACCACCAGCAUCACCACCACCACCAACACCAGUUUAUACACGCACACACACACGUACACACACACGCACACACGCCAAACCAAACGAAGAACCGCCCUUCCGCCACUCACACACCUGGUCUCUCUCUCUCCCACACACCUGAAGAAGAGGAAGGAGAGGAAGGAAAAGAAGAAGAAGAAGAAGAGGAGGAGGAAGAAGAAGGGAAGAGUAGAAGAAGAAGAGGACGCACAGGAAAUAAGGAAGGAAGGAAAAGAGGAGUGAAGGAGAGGAGAGAGAAGAAAGGAAAGGAGAGAGAGAAGGAAGGAAAGGAGAGAGAGAAGGAAGGAAAGGAGAGAGAGGAGGAAGGAAAGGAGAGAAGGAAGGAAAGGAGAGAAGGAAGAUAAGGAGAGAGAAGGAAGUAAAGGAGAGAGAGAGAAGGAAGGAAAGGAGGGGCUAGCUGCAUACCCCUAUAACUACUACUACUACUACUACUACUACUACUACCACUACUACUACUACCACUACAACAGGAUCAAAAUGGAGGGAACUGAAGGUAUUCGCAGCAGGCCGGCAGCUCAUUCCGUCUAUACAGGAAUGGGCGAUGAAGAAGGAGAGGAGAAUGUGGAGGAGCUUCGCGAACGGCUACGGCAGAUGAAGGCCUUGGUCAACGAACGGCCCAACUCAAAGAAGUCAGGCAUCGACGAAGGGUUCCUGAGCGUGGUGUUCGCCUGCAUCCUCGUGGUGAUCGCGGGCGUCACCGUCUACGCCUUCGUGGUGCUGUACACGGCGGUGCAUCGGCGGUGGACGGAGAACCCGGACGCCGACUGAUGGCCACGUGUGCGCCGGAUUUGCCCCAGGGUGUUGGUGUCCCUACUUGGUUGCGUUUUUGUGAUUCCUCUCUCUCGGCAAGUUGUUUAUCUCUCUCUUCCUCUCUUUCGUCAAGUUGUUUAUCUCUCUCUCUUUCUUUCGGCAAAUUAUCUCUCUCUUCCUCUCUUUCGGCAACUUCUCUCUCUCUCUCUCUCUCUCUCUCUCUCGGCAAGUUGUUUAUCUCUCUCUUCCUCUCUUUCGGCAAGUUGUUUCUCUCUUCCUUUCUUUCGGCAAGUUAUUUCUCUCCCUUCCUCACUCCCGCCUCCUGUGUGUCCUUGUUUCGCUGUGAUGCUCCUCUUCUUCGUCAGGUUCUCUCUCUCUCUCUCUCUCUCCCCUCUCCUUCCUCCUCUCCCUCUGAUGGUUCCCGCGUAGCUUCCAAUCUUGCUGUUUUAUGUUUCUUCUCCCUCGCUCCCGCCUCCUUUAUGUCACUGUAAUAAUUUGUGGUGAUUCUCUCUCUCUCUCUCUCUCUCUCUCUCUCUCUCUCUCUGAUGGUUGCCGCGUAGUUUCCAAUCUCGCACUUUUAUUAUUUUUUUUCCUUUUCUUUUCCCUGUAAUAUUUCUGCCUGAUAUGAAUACCUAUACCCAGUCGUUGUGUUAUGAUUGUCUUUUCUUCACUAUGUAUCCCUGAACUGAACAACAUGUAGAGCAUUUAAACUGUGUGCCAAUAAUUUAGUCUUCCUAUAAUAAUUUCUUACUUGCUACGAAUACUUAACCUCUUACCUAUAUACUCGGGACUUGAUUUUUUUUUUUUUUUUUAACUCUCCCGAAAUGAAUAGGCUACCUUUGAAAUGCUUAACUUGUGUGCCAAUGUCUUCCUAUGAUUUCUUCCUUAAUACGAAUACUUAACCUCUGACCUAUAUACUCAGGACAUGUUGAUUUUUAUUUUUUUUAUCCCUGACUGAGAUGAAUGGGCUAUACCUUUGAAGUGUCUAACCUGUGUGCCAAUGUUUUCCUAUAAGUUCUUCCUAACUCAAACAUCUUAUUUCAUUCACUUCAACUUUCAUCUCCCUAAUACGAUAUCUUGCAGUACCCAAUUUCAGUGACAUAUACCAAUUUUACUCAACAUCUUACUUCAGUCACCUCAACUUUCAUCUCCCUAAUACGAUAUCUUGCUGUACCCUAUUUCAAGAACGCGCCAAUUUUACUCAACACUUUACUCUACCUCAAUUUUCAUCUCCCUAAUACGAUAUCUUGCAAUACCCUAUUUCAAGAACAUGCCAAUUUUACUCAACAAUUUAAUUCCCUCAACUUUCAUCUCCCUAAUACGAUAUCUUGCUGUACCCUAUUUCAAGAACGCGCCAAUUUUACUCAACACUUUACUCUACCUCAAUUUUCAUCUCCCUAAUACGAUAUCGUGCAAUACCCUAUUUCAAGAACAUGCCAGUUUUACUCAACAAUUUAAUUCCCUCAACUUUCAUCUCCCUAAUACGAUAUCUUGCAGUACCCUAUUUCAAGAACAUGCCAAUUUUACGCAACACUUUACU